CGUUCUAACCUGGAAUCAGAGUCAGAUUUUCCUCAACCUGAAGUCUGUGUUGAUCGCAUGCCCUGUUUUUGCUUGUUUUUGUACUUUCCUUAUCUAGUGAGCAAUUUUUUUAUUUAUUUCCCCAUUGAAUUUUGAUGUGGGCAUAUCGGCCCUGUAAUGCCUUUCUUCGUUAUAGAAGUCUUUGUGAAAACAUCGCAAAAAUAAAAUUCACUUAUUAUGGUUUUACUCUAACAGAUGAAUAAGGUCGAUCCGUCAGCCAACAAUUCUGUUGGUUGUACAAGUUAUAAAACAAAAAAUAUGAAUUUUAAUGAAACAACAUAUCAAAGUUUACUUGUCAUUGCUGAAAACUAUAGAUUAGCAAGACCACCUAGGAUAAGGAUGUGCCUGCAGUGCCUAAUGGCAGUAUUCAACAUUAACCCACCACCUCAGAUCAAGAUACGAACUCACUUGCAGAUUUCAACCUUACUUAUUCGACAUACGGAAAACAAACAGUUGGCGCAGUCCCAUCUCCAUGCUGCAAUAACUCUUGCAAAAUCAACAGGGAAUGAACUAGCUUACUUCGAAGCAAUCAGUCUUCUUGCAACAACCUUAUGUGAGAUGUCGAAACCAGCACAAGCGAAACCCAUACUUCGAGAAGGAAUCACAGCUUCGCAACACAAUGUUUAUUGGCAUGCAAGACUUUUACUCCAGCUUGCUCACCUCCAUCAUGAAGAAGGAGAUCACACAUCAACUCAGCAAUUAUUAGAUGUUGGAGCAGAUCUUGCCAGUAAUUGUGGAUCAGAUUAUUUGAAAAUUUUGUUCCUGCUCAGUAAAGGAAUGGUACUUUUAGUGCAGCAAAAGCUCGAUGAAGUAAAUGUUGUAUUAUCUAUGUGUGGACAAUUAAUAGACGGAAUUAAGAAUGCCACACCGAUGCAAGUUGAAUCACAUAAAGUUUAUUUUCUCACAUUGCAAGUUGCUCAUUUGCUUUCUGGAGGACAGGUAAAAAGCGUAAAAUCAAGUCUAAAGCAAUUACAGCAGAGUAUACAAGAAAUAACAGCUUUACCUUCAUCAUCAUGCAGUCUUGUGCUUCAGGAUAACCCAGGUCAUCUGAAAGAACUUCUCGAGGUUGAAGAUAUGAUGAAAAUAUUAACAAGCACAGAUGCCUUUUCCUGGUUACCAAGAGAUCACAUGUGUAUUUUGGUGUACCUGGUUACAGUUACCUAUUCCUUGCUGGCUGGAUAUCUGGAUAAAGCUCAAAAGUAUACAGAGAAGGCUUUGACGCAAAUAAGGAAGCUAAAAGCCUCAGAUUCCAGUUCUCUCCUCGUACAAUUGGAGCUGAUGUUUCUUGAACAUAUGGCACAAUGCCAUCUCAUUAUGUGUGAUAAGAAAAUUGCAUUGCAGAAGAUAACGGAAGGAUGCAGGUUGUGUGUCACUUAUCCCAAUACCCCGUCGAUAACGAAACACACAAUGCAGAUGCAUACAUUAUUGGGUAUGUACUGUAUGAGUAUGAAUUACUUGGAUGACGCUGAAAAACAUUUACAAAUCGCUUUAAAGAAGAGUGUAAGCAAUGAACAAGUUGUAAUGAACAUGUUGAAUUUAGCAAUGGUGUACAUGCAUAAUUUUCAACUUAAUAAUGGACGAAUUCCUCAAGCGAAACAGCAAGAGCUCAUGCAAAUUUUGAGUCAAAUUAAUCCAGAUUCUGUCGCUUUGAAAAGCAGAAACCUGAAGGCAGCAUCUUUUUUCGUCAAAGGAAUGUUCUCAUUUUUCCAAGCAAUUUAUAGCGAUGCAAAACGAUUUCUUCGUGAAACCUUGAAAAUGGCAAAUGCGCAAGAUCUAAACCGAUUAACAGCUUGUGCAUUGGUUUUACUCGGACAUAUUUAUCUUUCAGUUGGGAAUCAUCAGGAAAGUGUCAACAUGGUUGUUCCAGCAAUGCAGCUUGCAAUGAAAAUUCCAGACACUAGUGUUAAACUGUGGAGUUCUGCUUUACUGAGAGAUUUAUACAGAUUAUGUGGAGAUGAAGAAAAAUAUACAGAAUAUAAGAAAACUCACGAGAAAAUAGCAACGAAAAUUUUUAAUGAACAACAUGCAAUCGGAGAACAAUCACAACAUGAAAUUAUAAAGUGGUUUUCCGAUGAUCUUCCACCUGUGAAGCUGAUCGAUAUCACUGAUGUUACAAAAGAAACUGGCAGUGAUAACUCCUCUCAUGUUGAGCCUAUACCAAUGGAUAUUGGAAGCAGCUCUUCUGCAUCGUGGAUUCCAGAAGAAAAUGCAAAUUCUGUGGCAAAAACUUUAAGCCUCGAAUCAAAUGCAGCUAUCCAAGAAAUCAAGCAAUCGUUGCAGCAAGACAUGCCAAACGCUUUACAAGCAAACUUGAAUCACGAUAUGAUUACGCAAAAUAAUUUAGAUAUGUCAACGACAAUAAGACCUGACAUUGAUUUCGAUCCUAAUGUCUAUUUUCAAUCUAAUGCAAAAAGUGAUCCUCUCGCUCGUAAACAUGAAGUAACGCAGAAAUUUUCAGCACCUUCGAAUAUGAUAUCAGCAGCCGCUCAUCAAAGCCAUCCACACCAACUUGUGGCCUCUCGUUCUGGAUCUUUAGACAGUAAUUUGAAGCAACCGGACAUGCAUGGAAACAUGUUCCCAAACCCUAUGCCUGAAAACUCUAACUUGGCAAUGUCGAGUCGGCAUUUACACAAUCAGACGCAAAGUAGGGUGUCAAUGGACAAUGCUAUGAUUGGGCAUAGACCACCCGAACAACAAAUUAGUCCAUUUGUCCAACCGCACCUAUCUUAUGGUAUGAACGACAUUUUGAAAUCAGCUCAGGGCAUUGAUUCAAGUGCAAAAAGCCUCGGCCCAGAUGCAAAUCCAUACCUCAGCGCCACCGGGCAAAUGCAAGGCUUGAGUGGAAAUUUUCCUAACUUAGUGCAACAACAUUCACAGUUGCAAGCCUUACAGCAAUUACAGGCUGCACAAGCCAAUGACUUGCAGCAUGCGUACCACAGAGGGAACGCUGCAUUUUUUCAGCAACAAAACCUCAAUUACCCACCUGGCGGCAAAACUCAAAUGCCUAGUUCAAAUCACGAGAGACAUCCCCAGUCAUGGGUAACCAAUCAAAACCACAUUUAUAAUAUUAAUAGCAGCAACUAUACUUGGAGAUAGGUGUAGAAGUAUUAUGGCAGAUGCCUAAUUAUUCAAUCUAAGUUAUGUUCCCAGCGUAUUUUUUUCUAGUGGGAGGCCUGUGGAUGCAGUAAAAUGCUAAUAAGCAGCAAGAGGAAUAGCAAUUGUACAACCUGGUCACCUGUAUGUGUUCCAGCCAAGUGCGUGCUUGCAUUAAUAUGAACUUAUUUUUUUAUUCUCUGGUGUAAUUUGACUUCUACACCGUUUAAUUUAUAAAGAUUUUAAAAUCUGAUCUAUUAAGAAAUUGUAUGUUGAUUUUUCACAUUGAUUCAACUAUUCAUCACAAUGAGAUAUCUGGUCAGGGCUAUAGAAUUUUAAAUUGGGUUAAAAUUGCUUUUUGGAAAUUGACGAAUUUUUUGGUCAAAAUGAAUCUGUAUCGUUUCAGAAAUAUUAUUAGUAAAAUUUUAUCAUAUUUAACAACAUACAAACAAGCUACCUGAUCAGCCUGAAUAGAAAAUUGAAAUAAAAGAAUAUUCACUCUUUUUUUGCAAUCAUGAAAUAAGCAAAAUGAUUGGGCUGCAUCUCCUUUUUUGAUUCUCAAAACUGACUAUAUUAUAUUCUAGUUUCACAUCAAAAAGUGUUUCAUAUUUCUAUCUCAUCAAGAAGGUCAAAAACUGCAUUGGUCAGUCUGGCAUUUACUUGAGAUCUUUAAAACAGGCUACCCAUGCAUGAUAGCAAGAUCAGCAUUAUUAUUUCCAUUUUAAAGGUUCAACACCCAUGUAUGAAUUGCACCUUUAGUAUCGAUGAUCCAUACUACUAUUUGUGGUUUAUAAACUGUGGGUUACCUCUCGUACAGGUUGUUAUUGAACUAUUAUAAAACCUAGCGAUUAUUUGUAGGGAACGCUCUUUAUGUUCAUGUAGUUUUCGUACUGAUUUAAUAUGAUUUUCUGAUCCUACAUACGCCAGUAUCGUACUUGCCUAACUUAUAACUGUUGCUAGAAUAAGUACCCAAAUUAUCGUUGUCAAGAAUAUGACGCUUCGAAUGAUUUUUUUGCUUGAAGAAAUUUUGUAUUUUCUUCAUAUCAAGCAAUCAAUAGGGGAAUACAUUUGCUGUAAUUAAUCAUUUCAAUCCAUGAAAAGUUGUAAAAAAUUAAAUGGGACGGCUUAUUACUACUUACACAUCAUCAUGAAAUAUUUCUCUAUACUUGUUAUGUAAUUGUUGUUAUUUUUUGAUUACAAACUAAUUUUAGAUCACAAAAUUCUUUGCUUUUUUACAUUUUUUGCACGUAUUUUUCUAUCCGAAGUACAUUUAAUAUUAUUAUUCUGGUAAUUUAACAUUUUAUUUCAUUUGUUGUAAUAAAGUCUGCCCCUUGUUA